CGCAUGUGUUUCCUCUCGCGCUCUCUCUCUCUCUCUCUCUCUCUCUCUGUGUUCCGGUCUCUUCUAUGUUUUCUCAAGCUUCUCGUUCACGCCGAAUCUCUCUCUUUCUCUUCUCUCUCUUUGUGAAUAAUAUCUCGCUUAGCCGAAUUUAGACGAACCAAAUUUGCUGAGCCAGACAGUUCACUUCAUCGGAAAUGACAGUGUUCGGAAACUCGAACGCCGGAUAUCUUGUCGGAAAGCAGGUGUUUCCUGUCGACUAUGAAGCUGAGGUUUCACAGAGGCUCGUCGACGCUGCGCAUAAUAAUGAUUUAAAAUUGGCUUGUGAAUGGAUUGCUGAUUCUUUCGUGGACGUGAACUUCGUUGGUACAGUGAGUUUGAAAGCUAAAAAGACAGAGAUCGUUUUGCACGGCGAGUUGGCUCACGAAGUUCGUGUUGAGUACGAGGAGUUCAAGACCGAGGUUACUGCACUGUUCCUCGCUGCACACUCGGGAAAUUUAGCACUUGUUAGAAAGUUGCUGCAGAGUGUCGGAGCCAAUGUGAAUCAGAAACUGUUUCGAGGCUAUGCAACAACAGCAGCAGUGAGAGAAGACCACCUAAAAAUACUACAAGUCUUAAUAAGUUCAGGGGCAUAUCAGGAGGCAUGUGAGGAGGCAUUAUUGGAGGCAAGCUACUUGGGAAGGGCCAGAGCUGCUGAGAUGCUAAUGGCGUCCGAUAUGAUACGUCCUCAAGCUGCUGUUCAUGCUCUUGUAUCUGCCUCUUGCAGAGGACUUGUUGAUGUAGUUGAUACACUCCUCAAGUGUGGAGUCGAUGCCAAUGCAACUGAUCGGUUGCUACUUCAAUCUUCUAAGCCAACUCUCCACGCCAAUGUCAAUUGUUAUGCACUUGUUGCUGCCAUUGUUAGCCGGCAAACAAACGUUGUCAGACUCCUGUUGCAAGCAGGAGUGCGAACAGAUAUCAAAGUGAAAUUGGGAGCUUGGUCUUGGGAGAUGGAUACAGGAGAAGAUUUUCGUGUAGGUGCAGGACUAGCUGAGGCUUACUGUGUCACUUGGUGUGCUGUGGAAUACUUCGAGGCCAGCGGUGGUAUCUUGCGCAUGCUCCUCCAAUAUAUUUCCCCUAACAUUCCUCACUUCGGGAGGACUCUUAUCCACCAUGCCAUCAUAUGCAACAAUGCAAGAGCUGUAGAUGUGCUAUUGAAUUGCGGUGCGGAUGUUGAAGUUCCGAUCAAGACAACUUCGAAAAUGGAGCUACUACGCCCAAUUCACUUGGCUGCAAAGCUUGGAUUAGGCAAAAUUCUACAACUGCUGGUUAACUCUGGCUGCAAUGUCGACUCUCGGACAGGCUAUGGAGAAACCGCGCUGAUGAUCUGCGCCAGACAUAAACAUGAGGAAUGCCUUAGAAUUCUUGCUUCAGCAGGAGCCGAUUUCGGUCUGGUUAAUCCUGCUGGUCAAUGUGCAAGAUCAAUUGCAGAAGCGGCUCGGUGGUCUCUUGGAUUCCAACAAGCAGUUGUGGAUGUAAUUCAAGAAGGGAAGGUUGUUAAAUCGAGCAACAAGUCCAUGUUUUCUCCUCUGAUGUUUGUUACAAGAGCAAAUGAAAUUGAGGCUAUGAAAAAGCUUGUUGAGAGAGCACAAAUUGAUCUCGACGAACAAGACGAAAAUGGAUUCACGGCUGCAAUGGUAGCUGCUGCAGGUGGUCAUUUGGAGGCUUUCAAGUUGCUUGUUAAUGCUGGGGCUAAUGUGAAGCUCCAUAACAAAUACGACCAGACCGCGAUGAAACUAUCAGAAGUAAAUCAGAACGGUGAUGAGUUCGAAAAGGUAAUGCUUGAACAUGCGCUUGAAACAAGAUAUAACAGUUCACUCCGGUUUUUCACUCUACACCGAGCAGCUCGUCGGGGAGAAGUAGAUUCAGUUAAAAGGUUGUUAGGCGGGGUUUGCGAUGUCAAUGCGCUUGAUAGUGAUGGAUAUACAGCAUUGAUGUUAGCAGCAAGUGGAGGGCAUGCCGAAGUAUGUGAGCUUUUGAUCUCUUUUGGGGCUAGUUGUGAAAUUGUGAAUGCAAGACAGGAAACAGCACUGUCCCUUGCAAGGAAAAAUGGGAUUGGUAACAAUGCUGAGCAAGUGAUAUUGGAUGAACGAGCGCGGAAACUAGUUGUUGGUGGUGCUCGUGUAAAGAAGCACACGAAGUGCGGUAAAGGAGCUCCUCACAGUAAAACACUGAGGAUGGUGGUGGCUGCUGGGGUUUUGCGGUGGGGGAAAUCAAGUAAGAGAAAUGUGAUUUGCAAGGCAGCUGAUAUUGGACCAAGUGACAAAUUCAGGUGGAAUCGCAGGAGGAAAUUCGAUACUGAUGAGCCGGGAUUGUUCCAUGUUGUGACCACAAAGAACAAGGAUAUGCAUUUUGUGUGUGAAGGCGGUGUUGAAAUGGCCCAGAUGUGGGUGAGAGGUAUCAAAAUUGUGACAAGGGAUGCUAUUUUUGGCAAGAAAACGAUUGUUUGAAAUUGACGUACAAAAUGUUGGUUUUUAAGAGUAUAUCUGCAGAGCAGGUAGGAAAGUACUUGAUGUUGUAUUUCUAUAGUUUUCGGCAACACAUGUCAGUAGUAGUGCUAAUUAACCAGGAAUUAGCAUGUUAAGAGAUGUGCUUCACAAAAUUGAUGUUCCGGUUUCUUUACAUGUCACUUUCACCAAUUUAGCAUUUUCCUAAGCAAACGCUCAGCUACAUUUUCAGCCAUGGCCAGUCGACCACCUGUUCCCAGACUGCAUUGGUAUUGUCUGAGUUACGACCAAAGAGUCUGUGUGAGCCUGCUGAUCCAACCUACUUUGCAAGAAGCAUGUAAAUUAUAGUGUAUACAGCUUGUAAUCCAAGUGUUAUUUAGCAGGGACAAAGUUUUUUUUUUUUUUUU